AUGAUUUCGGCUGCCUUGUCGUUCUUUGGAGUUAAGAUGGCUCGCUCGCACAACCAUUCGAUGGGUUUCAUCUUGAUAUUUAUUAUAUCUGGGGACGAGCCGGACGAAGAACACGUUAUGGUGUUGAUCAUCACCGUGCUGUGGAAGAGCUCAUUGCACACGAAAUGCAGACAAGUGAUCGAGAAAGACCGCAUAGUAGAUUUCCUUCUAGAACUGUUGGAAUACCAACUCGACGACCGGGUAAUCGGCUACGCAGUCGCCACGCUGUCUGAAUUGUGGAAAUCUGAAUCGUUGCGUGGCAAGCUCAGGCAAUUUGCCGUGCCAAAGUAUCUGGAACUGCUCAACACUAGCCUGCACAGCCUUGUGUUGGAACACGUGUGCACCGCUUUAGGUCGAGCGUCUAGCGACCCGCAGUGCAUGGACAUGAUCGACGAGGCCAAGGGGUUUCGGUUGAUUUUCGUACUGUUGCCGUCCCUUGACGUGGAUGAAUUCGACAAGUACGAAGAUUUCUACGAACCGCAAACGAUCAUAGCCGCUGCCGAAUGCCUGGCCAUGAUAGUCGAAAACACACAAUUCAGCUUGAACCCUCUGAAAGGAAUGUACGAGGCGAUCUGGGACCUGGUAGAUUUAUUGACGCACAAGAAUUUGGAUUUUUUAGCGGCAGUUUGUCAUCUGAUCGUCGUUAUUGCUUCGUUCGAUGAGAAUUCAAAAAUAAUGGUCGACGCAGGAAUUGUCGAAAAUUUGUCAAAACUCGUAUCUACUGAGCACACGAACUUGAGAGCCAAUCUCUGCAAAGCUUUGGGUAAAUGCUGCAAUGAUGGUGUGACUGCACGUAGAUUCAGCUGCAAGCACGUUAUGGAUAAAUUAAUUAAGUACACGCAAUCUGAGCACAAAGUCGUCAGAGACAACGUUCCUCUUGCGCUCAGCGGAUUAUCCGAAGACCCCUUAAAUUGUGUAAUGAUUGAGGCGUUAGGAUUCCUUCCGUUUUUAAAAAAAUGUAUACAUUCGGAUAAUCCUGAUACGGCCAUGGCUGCUGUUAACUGUUUGAGCAACGUAAGGAAAGCAAGCGCAGCUAUAGGCCAAUUUCAAGAGUGUACGACGAAGCAUUGA